UAACAAGUAACACAGAAUGUGAUUCAAGUUAUUAUUUAACUUAAAAUUUUUAUUCGUACAGAUUAUUUAAAGAACUAAAUACAUAAGCAUGGCAUCGUCACGCAAAAGAGCAAUUGAUUCUGAUGAUGAUAGCAGUAGUGAUGAUGAAUUGGAUGAGCAAUUGUUGAGUCUGUCUACUAAGAAGGCAAAGAAUUCACCAACAGUUGCAGCAAAAAAGAUGGCUGAUAGUGAUAGUGACAAAGAUGAAAACUCAGACUCUUCCACAGAUGAUAGUGAUAACGAGUGGACAUUAGAUUCAGAAGGUAAUGGAAAAUCUAACAAUAAAAAGAAGAAUGGUAAAACACAAAAACCAACACCUGCAAAACGACGUGCUUCAACUGUAUCUGAUGAAGAAGAAGAUGGAGAAAUAAAUGAUGAGGAGGACAACGAAGAGGAAGAAAAAGAGGAAGGACAAGUUAUGUCGAGCAGUUCGUCAUCUGAUGACGAUGGUUCCGAUGAAGAUUUGCCAGCAUUUGAUGAUGGAUUAGAUGCAAACUUAAUUGGUGAUGAAGAAGAUCGAUUAAAACUAGAGGAAAUGACUGAAAAGGACAGAGAAAUUGAAUUGUAUAACAGAAUGGAAAAGCGUGAGGCAAUGAAAGUGCGCUUGGAAAUUGAACGCAAGCUUCACGGUAAAAGAAAAACGGAACGCAAACAACAUAAAAAAGAAAAAGACAAAAAAUCUGGCGAUGAUAAAAAAAGUAAGGAGCCAGAAGUUUAUAACAGUAGUAUAGCCUCACGCAAAGGUGAGCGUAAAAAAACAGUGGAGGAUGUGAAAAAGAAGGCAAUUAAUGAACUCAAACAAAAACGUAUUGAAAAGAAGGAGAAGAUGGAAGCCCUAAUGAGUAAGAAAGAACCACUCACAACAAAAGAUGUGUACUCAGAUGACGACGAUGAUGAGGAGGAGGAUGAUGAGGAUAACAACAAGGAAGAGGAGGACUCUGAUAAAAGUUCUGUUGAGUUUGCGUCAGAUGACGAAGAUGCUGAAGAAGAGCGUCUGUCCCAGCAGAUUGAGACAAGGGAGCAACUUGAAGACAUUCGUUUGUCAAGACACAAGUUGGAACAAUGGGUCCACCUCCCAUUUUUCACUCGUGUUAUCUCAGGAUGUUUUCUGCGCAUGGGCAUAGGUAACCAUGAUGGACGUGCAAUAUACAGAGUGGCAGAAAUCAUUGACGUGACAGAAACUAGUAAAGUUUAUAAUUUGGGAAAAACCAGAACCAACAAAGGUGUAAAAGUGAGACAUGGACUUCAAGAAAGAAUAUUUCGCAUGGAAUAUGUGUCUAACCAAGCGUUUACUGAUUCAGAAUUUCAAAAGUGGAAAGAAGAGAUGAAACUUGUUGAACUACCCUUACCUACUCUGCGCCAAGUAAAAGAAAAAUCGGCUGAUAUAUCUACCUCCAAAGCCUAUAGCUACAAAGACGACGAUAUUGAAGCUAUUGUGAAAGAAAAAAAUAAAUUUCGAAAAAAUCCAUUCAACUACGCGGUUAAAAAGAAUAGGUUGAUCAGAGAAAAGGAAAUUGCAGAACAAACAAACGACUAUAAAAAACUUGAAAAAGUGAAGGGCGAGUUGGACGAGUUGGAAGAACGUGCUCAAAUGUUGGAUAAGAAACGGUCUGGAGCUCUCAGCAAUGUCAGUUUUAUUAACGAAAGAAAUCGAAAAAAGAACGUAUAUGAUGCAGAGAAAGCUUGCAUUGAGGAAGGCAGACAAAAUAAAGAAAAAAAAGACGAUCCUUUUACACGGCGUAAAACGCAACCUAAGAUGAUUAUUAAGUCCACAGCACAGGAACAGAAAACUGACGAAUCAAUAAAUAGUGAAGCGCAAGACACAAGUACUGGAGAGUUUGCUGAACCGGCUCCGGAGCUGGAUUCAUUAUUAUUUAAAUCGGAACUCACUGUGUCAGGUGUCAACAAAUCCAGUGACGACGCUGAUCUUUUCUCUGCGCAUGAUUUUGACGUACAAAUAGACGUUCCAAUACCAGCUGCCAGAACGAUAUCUCUCACGCCGAAACCCAUGGUCCACCAACGUGAAAACGUAUCAAGGCGUUCGUUAAACCUUGACGAAUACAAGAAGCGAAAAGGGUUAAUGUAGCCUCUUUAUCAUGUAACCUCACUGUGAUGUAGCCUCUAUGGCAUUACCCCGAUAUGCAAAUAUUCUAAAGGGAUCACGUUUUUAUACGAAUUAGCUACGGGUGUCAACCAGUUUGCUUGAUAAUACGCCGUCGUAGACACGAUGGGGAUUUUUUCGGCACGUAUUCAAUUAAAGGCCCGUUUCAAUUUUUUAAGAAUACUUGUCCGCGAAAGAUUUUAAUGCGUUGCCCCGGCUAAAGAGAUUACACAAUACAACACCACAGCAUUGAAAGGAGUAUUACCUUCAAUAAGUUUGUGCAGACUUUCGUCGUUGUGUGUAUUUAUAGCUUUUAAUAAGUUCGGUAGCGAUCUUUAUUUGAACCAUAUUUUUAUGGUCACUACUGCGUUUAUACUUAGAUAUUAUAACAUGUUCACUCUUUUAGAGAUAGGGUAUAAUGUGUUUUUUUAAAGUGUCAAAAAUUUCGAUAGAGCUCUGUUUUUGAAUAUUUACAAUUUUUAUGAGAAUGUUUCGUCUGAAAUUGCCCAUGUGUAAACAUAGUAUUAACUUAUAAGGUUUAUUCCGUGAUAAAUUUUCUACGUGUAAACGUACCAUUAACUUAUAAAGCUUGUGAAUCAAGCGAAUGAUUGUAUCUUCUUUGUGAAACAACAAGAAGUGAGAUUAAGAAAAGAA